GUGUUGAAGUUUUAGUAAAAAUGUCGUACAUAAUUACAUUUGUUAUACUUGUCACAUUAUCUCUGGCUGGGGUUAAGUGCAAACUGUUCACCAACUGCGAAUUAGCGCAAACCCUAGUUGGUAAUGGUGUUUCCAGAGACCAGGUACCUACAUGGGUCUGUAUUGCUCAGCACGAAUCCAAUUUCGAUACUCAGGCUGUGAACGGUAACACGGGAGAUUACGGAAUAUUCCAAAUAAGCCAUCUGUUCUGGUGUAACGACGGCGACACUCCUGGAAAAGAGUGCCAUAUAACAUGCAAGGCCCUCUUAAAUGACGAUAUCUCGGAUGACAUCAGAUGUGCUAAUCUGAUCUUUAGCCAAACCAAGAACCUAGGAGGCUGCGGUUUCUGCGCCUGGGUAACUUACAAGAACUACUGCAGUGGCGGGAGAAGUGACAAGUAUGUUAGUGGCUGUAAUUUUUAAAAAUUUCUGCCACUCGAAACACAGAGUAACAAAUAAAACGUUGGGAAAUA